AUGAUUACUCGCCAUACGCUUCCAGCAUACCUCGAGCUUGCGAAGCAGCUCUACCCUCCCGACCGAAUACCUCGUUCCACCCAUACCCUGCAGCAACUCGACCCUCAUACAAUCCUCAAGACUGGAUUCAGUCACUACAUACUGCGCGAGGCUGAAGCUCUGGCCUUCGUACGGGCGAACACCUCCAUACCUGUUCCAUGCGUAUACGAUCGCGCAUGGCCUGCGAUGACCCAAGCGGCCCAGGAUUUCGUCGUCGCGCAACUCCGGGCAUACCUAGCUGAACUCAGAGCCUUGAAGCAGCCCGAUGGUCCUUGGAUUGGGUCGUGCUCAGGGGGACCCGGUGCCGACCAUCGCAUUCGGACCAGGGACGGAUCUUUCCCGCGUUUACCAUCCGUCGCUGCCUUUCAUGACCUUCUCCACCAACGCAUCAAGGCACACCGCCCGGGGCCAUAUUACGACUCUAUUCGGCGCCAAUACAAGGACGACUACCCGAUCGUCUUCAGCCACGCGGACUUCAAUCCAGCUAAUAUCAUGGUUGAUCCUAGCACUGGGAGAGUGACCGCCAUCGUUGAUUGGGAGAUGGCGGGAUGGUGGCCGGCGUACUGGGAGUAUAGAAAGGCACUUUACGGUUGGAACACUGAUGAUCCCGAGUGGAUGAGGGUCGUGCCACAGAUCAUGGACGUUUACGAUGCCGAGUACAACGUCGAUACCACAAACGAAUACGCUUGA